ACGAAGUUUUUAAAGAGGAAGUUAAAUUCCUGGCGAUACUGAGUCAAGUCUUGGAUAAAAUCGUCCCAGUUCUUCAAAGGUCAGACUGACCAGCCGAGAGGGGCUUCAGGAUGUCAGAUCUGGAGAGGAAGGUGGUUAAGGAUGACCUUCUCACCACCUUUAAAAAGAAAAAAGUAGAAAUAUCCCGGGCAGUAACCACCCCAUCUCCUUUCCUGGAGAUUCUUCAAGACUACUCUAUUAUCACUGAGCAAAUGUACCUUCAUGCACAAGAGGAGUACCAAAGAUCGGUUCCUGUGUACAAUGUGGUAUACAACAUUCUCAUGCAUCUGGAGAAGAAAUUCAGCACCGAGAUCCCAGAAGUCUUGUUUCACCCCAUCAACCUGCAGGAAUAUCCGCCAUUGGUCCAAAUCAAAAAGCACUUCGAUGACUAUGAAUCAUCAUCAGAAGCCAGUGGAUCAUCUAUGAUUCAGAGGAGUAGCCUUGAUAAGACAGUGUUGGCUGUCAGCACCCCACAAAGCUCCAUCCAAGACGGUGUGUUGGAGGAGGAAAAGAGGGCAUCAGCAUACCAGCCAGCACAAGCAGGAAAAAGGCCCCGAAAGCAAAGAAGAAAGGUCCAAAAGACCAGAAGAACCCGAGUGGUGUCUUCCAAAGGUGCCAGUAAUAACAACAAACUUUCAAAAUUGGGGAGACAAAGGAAGCCAGGAACCACAAAGAAAAUCCAUUGGAUGAGGAGGAGAGUUUUCAGAAAGGUCCGAGAUCCAAAGGUGAAUCUCCAUCUCCCAGAGCUUCCAGUGACCUGUGGGAAGGCAAAGGGCACUUUACACAAGAAAAAAAUGAAGGAAGGCUCCUCAGAGAAGUGCAUCGAGAUGAAAGAUGGGAGGUGGCUCACCCUGAGGGAGUUUUGAAAUUGAAGGUGGCGAGAACUUAGCAAGAAUUGGAAGAAGAGCAUCUACUGUGGCUUCCUCACGCUGCACCAUCUCCUCCAGAAAAAAAUUCUACCUACUCCUCCAAGAAAAUAUGGCAAGAGUAAAAAGUCCCUCCCUGCAGGUAAAACUAACAGACAGCCAAGAGCUAAGAAAAGGAGACUUCAGUGCAAGUCUCCAUCUGCUCAGAAUGGAUCUGCACCCCAACCUAAAAGAAGGGUCCUCCAGCGAAAGCAGGUACCAGAAAAGACAUAUUGCCGCCUGCCCCAGUUGCCAGAGAAAAGAAGGGUAACUACACUUCAUGAUCGACCGAAGUACGUGGCACAACUCCUAACUAGGCGAUGGAUUCCUGUGUCGUGCAAAACGAGCGCAGGGCGCUUGUACAAACACAGAUUUGCCUCAGUCGAUCGAGGAAAAUGCAUCCGGACGAAGACCAAGUGGUACACCCCAGCAGAGUUCUUGAGCAUGGACCCUGACUGCAAUCUUGUGUUCUGGACCCACAGCAUCCUCAGUGGUGCCCUGCCCCUGCAGGAACUGAUUGAGAACAACAUUUUAGUGCUUCACAUAGACAGCUGCACUUGUGUCAUCUGCAAGGAGGAGGAUGCCUUGCCAGAGAAUGAUGAUGAGUGUUUUAUAUGUAAUGAUGGAGGUGAACUGUCUUGCUGUAACUCAUGCCCCAGAUCCUUCCAUAAGGACUGCCACAUCCCCCAUAUUCCUCAGGAGCCUUGUGGAGAAUGGAACUGCACCUUCUGCAUAAUAACAAAGAAUAAGCAGAAGCAGGUCCCAGAGAACAACUACCUUCAGGAGGAGUCUCAGGUUCUAAGGCACCGGAUGUACCCAGAGCAGCAGCUGAAAUGUGAAUUUCUCCUGCUGAAAAUGUACUGCUACACAGAAAGUAUCAUCUUUACUGAAGAUCCAUCCUAUAUUAAGAACUAUUCCAAUCAUGUCAGAGAACCCAUGUGGUUGAACCUGGUGAAGGAGCGUCUGAGGGAUGAGACUUACAACACAGUGGAGGGCUUUGUCCUGGAUAUGCGCCUGAUUUUUUCCAACUGCAAGAAAUUUAACAAGAACAACCAGUUUGGAAUUCUAGGAGAAAAGCUGGAGGCAAAGUUUGAGAGAGAUUUCAGAGUGGUCUUUGAUAUUGAGGGCAUAGCUAAAGUGAACCAACGAUGGUUUCACCAAAUGUUUCCAUGACUUUCUCGAGUCCUGCUCUUCAUUCAGUGGCUCAAACCCAGCCCCUCCUUUGUUGGGACUGGGAAGUUCUGGGUCUCUAUAUUCAUGACCCUUGCCCCCACCCCAUCCCCAUACCAGAAGAUGUAAAAUGCUGACCCUUCUUGUUCUGUUACAUCUGUCCUCAAUUUUGGGGGGGUUUUUGGUUGGGUUUG